AUGCAUUAUCACGCUCAUCCGGAUUUUCAUCCGGCCUAUAGCUUCCCUCAGGGAAAUCCCAUGCAAUAUAACGAGAACCCGUACCAAAAUACUGGCUACCCUGGGUUUCAGUAUAUAUAUGGCUACCAACCGCCUCGGAACCAUCUCAUCGCCGAUCGAGGUGUAUUGGCUGAUCCCAAAGCGGAAUCCAAGCCCCGGUUAUCAAAAGAAGAGGUCGAAAAGCUCGAAAAGGUAUUCAGAGAAAACUCGAAGCCUUCGAGCUCGGUUAAGGCACAACUGGCCGACUCACUUGGUUUGGAGAGACCAAGAAUUAAUAAUUGGUUUCAAAACAGGCGUGCCAAGGCAAAGCAAGAGAGGAAGCAGCAAGAGUAUGAGGAGCAAAGGGCGAAAGAGAAGGCUAGCUCCGAGCCAGACUCGCCCAAUGGAAGCCCACAGCGCAGCUCAUCAGACCAGGUAGGCGAGAGUGCCCGACAGCGUGUGCAACCUUCUUCCGCGCUUUUCCCUGACACCAGCUCGAUUUCUCUGAAGAUUGAGGACGACUCCGACGACGAUGACACUGAAGAUGGCUCACCCGACACUAUCGAUUCGCCUUCUGGACAGGAUCCAUCUGGUAGCCUUCAAAGCAAUACCCCUGGUAGCUUUCAGUCACCAUUACCAUUCGAUUUUUCGCACUCUGAUGUGGCCGACUUCACUCAUACACACCCCCCUCAAAACUACCAUCAUUCUUCACCCAUGACGGACUUUACUCCUUGCAGUGUCGAAUAUUCUGGCCGAAGUGAACAACUGACGAGCUUGGCUAAUAGCCUGCCGUCGCCUAAUGAGCAAUGUGCUGGUACUGAACACACUGGUCAACAGUACCCUGCAAUGUUAGAAGCAGACUUGACCCCAACUGUAACACCAUUUACCCAAUCGCAACCAACUUUCACUACGCCCGGACUAGCUAGCAAUGCUAUGGAAUCGCUACGGGACUAUGAUGAAAGCACAUCUAUGAGCGAGAGACGAACUUCACCGUUAAUGCCUCAAGGAAUACCAACUCCUACCGACUCUUUCAAGUCACCCCCACCUCCCGCUAAUAUUGCUUCCCGCCGAAAUAUCCCACGACCAGCAACUCUUCAAACAUCUUCGCUCAGAAGCCGCUCAUACAAUCUCGGCUAUGCGCCUAAAAUGCCACUAGAUCCUUCGAGCCCUGGGUCAGCAAUACGACGGAUUGCUUCGGGCACCGGCAACCAUGGGAGAAUUCAGAAGCCCAGUUCAGGAUCGCGUUCACCCAUGUUCGUGACCCGUAAUACCGAGGCCUUAAUGAUGCAGUUCCAAAAUCGUUCUCCAGUAAUAUCGGUCUCUUCGAUGUUCCCCGGGGCCGCCCCUCCAACUCCGAUGACCCCUGCUGUUGUUGACAAGCAAGAAAUCCGAGAAGCCCGACGACCCGAGUACCAGUACGCACUAGGUAAUAACCUUCCUAUCAGCGAGUCUAACCUCAAGACUCCGCCAGACACUCCAGGCGUAUUAGCUCAAUUUGGCAAUCAGAACUAUCACGGUAAUAUGUUCAAUCACGGAAUGAACUUUCCCUCCGACCAGCCAAUUUUCACGCCUUUUGAGACCGAGUUUCCCGACCUCAACAUUCAGAAUGUUCCUUGCUACGCCGAGCUGAGCGACGGUCUGCCCGCGACCCCCAUGUACCCGAAUAUGAUGGGUUCUAUCCAAGAGCAGAAUGCAUACGCUCAGCACGCGGCGGGGAACACGCAGUUUGACUGGGAUGCCAAUGAAUCUGUCAACUCGAAGGCUUCUCCCAACCAGUCUAGGUCAAGGUUAAUCCAAUUCACUCAAAACAUGACUCCUCAAGACUAUACUAGUCAUCAGGAGAAGUGA